CCGCGGGGCCCGAGCGGCGCCGUUGUCAAGGCGACGCUGCGCAUGCGUGCCGAGCCCGGCCGGAGGGCCGCUUCCGCCGCCGCCGCCAUGGGCGUCCCGGGGCUGACGGCCUUCGUGGAGGAGUGCGGUUCGUUCUUCGCGGAGCUGCGGGUGCGGGACACCAAGCUGGUGAUCGACGGCAGCAGCCUCUACUACCACCUCUUCUUCACCUCCGCCGCCGAUUUCCGCCGCGGCGGCGAUUACGGCCCGUUCGCGGCGGCCGCGGACGAGUUUUUCGCCGUCCUGCGCUCCUGCGGCGUGGCCGCCUUCGUGGUGCUGGACGGCGCGCUGCCGGCCGUGUGCGAGUUCGACCGAGUCCAAAAGUCGAUUAAAAAGACGUUUGUCCAAGCGGCGAGCCUCCCCGCGCCUUUUGGCGAUGAUGGCUUCUCUUUGGACAGGUUAGUGGAGGUGCCAAUGUCACGCCGUCAGCUACUUCUGCUGGAGACUUUAGGAGUGAAAAUGAGUUUGCUAAAAUCUGUCCCUGCCCACUUACAGCUCCCUGUUGCUGUAACCUGUUGUUGGACGCGUUGUUCGGAACCUAAAGUGAACUUGCAUCAUUUAAAGGCUCUACUUCUCAUGAUAGUAGCUGGAGAACUGCACAGGAUAACAAAUGAGCCAGAUCUCACAGUUCUCCACCCAGAAGACAACAGAAUUGCUUGUAAUGAGUUUCUAAAAUGGAAGGAAGAGAAACUGCAAAAUAAAGACUUUGAUUUAGAUGCUGCACACGGCUUUUGCCAGUGGCAGUGCUGUCUUGAGAUGGGAUUGUAUCUCAACCAGCUACUCUGCAGUCCUCUCCCCGAGCCAGACUUAGCUAGGCUCUAUAGUGGGACCCUCGUGCACGGACUGUAUCAAGAGCUUAAGUCAACACCUUCAGUGGAAAAUCUGUUCAGUUCUUCUCCAAAAAUGACUGAGCUUUAUCAGGUUCUGUUGAAUAUAGUCGUAUCAACUGUAUCUCCAGACUUCUUUCAGAAGAAAACAGAGGCCAAAUCUGAGUCCUGCAGAAAGAAGAAAGCAUCUAAAAAGACAAAGGCUGUCAGGCGUGCUGUAUCUGAAACUCAGUGUUUACGUGAUGUUAAUAGGUUUGCAUCACUCAGUGUGGAUGACUGAGAGCAUCAUUCCUAAAAUCAUUUCCAAUGCCACAGAGACAGAAGAAAUGAUAUUUAAAAUGUGACUGUAUUGGAAUUUGCUUGGCUGUUUCAUACAAGCUCCUGAUAUUUUUGAAUUUAUUUUUUACCAAUGAGCCUCGCUCCAGGAUUUAGUAUUUUUGUAACGAAAGCUCCUAUAAAAGAGGUGCUGCAUACAACA